AUCAGGCGGAGCAGCGGGCACCGGGCCAUCAGGCGGAGCAGCGGGCCAUCAGGCGAGGCAGCGGGCACUGAGGCAUCAAGCUCGACAGCAAGCACCGAGCCAUCUGGCACGACAGCAGGCACCGAGUCUCAUCUGGCACGACAGCGGGCACCGAGUCACCAAGCUCGACAGCGGGCACCGAGUCACCAAGCUCGACAGCGGGCACCGAGUCAUCAGAUAGGACAGACAAGACAGCGGGCACCGGGGCGUCAGGCUGGACUGCGGGCACUGGGGCGUCAGGCUGGACUGCGGGCACUGGGGCGUCAGGUUGGACCACGGGCACCGGGGCGUCAGGCUGGACCGGGCAUCCGGGCAUCAGGCUGAACAGCGGGCACUGGGGUACCAGACUGGAUAACAGAAGGCGGGUUCUCAAACCGCAGGCUGACCG